GGGAGAAUGGAGAACGUGGAGGUCUUCACUUCGGAGGGCAAAGGCAGGGGUCUGAAGGCCACAAAGGAGUUCUGGGCUUCGGAUGUAAUAUUUGCUGAGCGUGCCUAUUCCGCAGUGGUUUUUGACAGCCUUGUCAACGUUGUGUGCCACACCUGCUUCAAGCGACAGGAGAAGCUCCAUCGCUGCGGGCAGUGCAAGUUUGCCCAUUACUGUGACCGCACCUGCCAGAGGGAUGCCUGGCUGAAUCACAAGAAUGAGUGUUCUGCCAUCAAGAGAUCUGGGAAAGUGCCCAAUGAGAACAUCAGGCUGGCUGCGCGAAUCAUGUGGCGUGUGGAAAGAGAGGGCACUGGACUCACGGAAGGCUGUCUGGUCUCUGUGGAUGAGCUACAAAACCAUGUGGAACACUUUGGGGAAGAGGAGCAGAAGGAGCUACGGGUGGAUGUGGACAGCUUCUUGCAGUACUGGCCCCCUCAGAGUCAGCAGUUCAGCAUGCAGUAUAUCUCUCACAUCUUUGGAGUGAUUAACUGCAAUGGGUUCACACUCAGUGACCAGAGAGGCCUGCAGGCAGUUGGUGUUGGCAUCUUCCCCAACUUGGGUCUGGUGAACCAUGACUGUUGGCCCAACUGCACAGUCAUAUUUAACAAUGGCAAUCAUGAGGCAGUGAAAACCAUGUUUCACACCCAGAUGAGAAUUGAGCUACGGGCUCUAGGCAAGAUCUCAGAAGGAGAGGAGCUGACAGUGUCUUAUAUUGACUUCCUUAAUGUCAGUGAGGAACGCAAGAAGCAGCUAAAGAAGCAAUACUACUUUGACUGCACAUGUGAGCACUGCCAGAAAGGAUUGAAGGAUGACCUUUUUCUGGGCGUAAAAGAUGACCCCAAGCCCUCUCAGGAUGUGGUGAAGGAGAUGACACAAUUCUCCAAGGACACACUAGAAAAAAUUGACAAAGCUCGCUCUGAGGGCUUGUACCAUGAGGUUGUGAAACUGUGCCGGGAGUGCCUGGAGAAGCAGGAGCCAGUGUUUGCUGACACCAACCUCUACAUGCUACGGAUGCUGAGCAUUGUUUCUGAGGUCCUCUCCUACCUCCAAGCCUUUGAGGAGGCCUCCUUCUACGCCAAAAGGAUGGUGGAUGGUUAUAUGAAACUCUACCACCCUAAUAAUGCCCAAUUAGGCAUGGCGGUGAUGCGGGCAGGAUUGACCAACUGGCAUGCUGGGAACAUUGAGGCAGGGCAUGGGAUGAUCUGCAAAGCCUAUUCUAUUCUCUUGGUUACACAUGGACCUUCCCACCCAAUCACCAAGGACCUAGAGGCCAUGAGGAUGCAGACGGAGAUGGAACUGCGCAUGUUCCGCCAGAAUGAGUUCAUGUACCACAAGAUGCGUGAAGCCGCCCUAAACAACCAGCCCAUGCAGGUCAUGGCUGAGCCCAACAACGAACCAGCCCCAGCCUUGUUCCAUAAGAAGCAAUAA